AUGGCUGACCAAAUACAGGAAGUUGAUUUUUACACUGAAGAAGAAUGCACUGGUUCUGUGACAGUGUUGAACUUCAGCACUUAUGAUGUGGGACAAUGUGACAUUUUUUCAAUGAAUUACACUUUUCUCGAUCAAACUUUAUUCAGCUUUAGGAUAUAUCCGAACGGAAAUUGUGCUAUGAAUGAUGGUUACGUGUCGGUGGAUCUUUUAGUUCGUCCAUUGGAUCCUUACAAGCUUAGCCUUCAGUGUGUUUUAUCUUUACUUGAUGUGGAUGGAAAUCAAAGGUAUUUCCAAUCAUUUUCAAAUGAAACUGUAGAUGGUACAUUAGGCCUGCACAGAUUUGUGAAUCGUGAAAGGAUUAUGACAGAUAGUGAGUUUGUGCGGAAAGACAGCUUGACAAUCUGUUACAACCUCAAAUACGUAAUAUUUAAGAAUGAAAUUCAAUUUCCGCGCCCGUCUAAAAAAGCUACCAAAAUCAAAAUCCACGUUAAAGAAGCCUCAAAAGAAGAACAAGUGGAACUAAUUACGCAAGAUGACAAAACUUUGACUUUGAUGAUGCGGAUUGAUGAUAUAGAUGCAAUUUUAAGCAACAAACUCUGCAAGCGAUCUCAGGUAUUCGCUCGAAUGUUUACGACUGAAAUGUUCGAAAAAAGAAACAAGCGAGUUUUUAUUCCAGAUAUGGAUUAUGCCACUUUGAAUCAUCUGAUUUCGUAUACUAACGGUGAAAGCAAGGCGCUCCAUACCGUUCAAGAAAUUGCAGACCUUUACAGAGCAGACGAUAAAUAUGCAAUCCUGGAUCUGAAACUGGAAUGUGGCGUGGAUUUAAUUAAAAACACGUGUGUUGAAAAUGUCACUAGAAUUCUAUCCUUAGCUCAAUUGUAUCAAGAUAAGCGCUUAAAAAUGUGGUCAAUGGCGUUUGUUCAGAACUAUUACGAUGAAAUAAUAGUAACAGAUGAAUGGAAAUCGUUGCAACUUACUCAGCCUGAGUUAGCUGAGGAAGCAAAAACGUUUGAUGUAAGCGAAAUUGUUGAAAAGAUUCAGAAUUUCCGUAAAGGACAGUUUGUUUUUCCAACAGAUCGAAAAGAAAUAGCAGACAUGUAUUUAUAA